UCCCCUUUGCCAUUUGCCAGUUCUACGUCUCUCGUAGACAUUUCAACAGCGUCUCGUUUAUCGGGCUUUGGACAGCAUUUUAUUUGUACAUAUUUAAAUUUGCGACAAGUUUUACGUGGUGCGGCCUAUCCAGAGAACACAAUGGCUAAUCGCUCCUUUGACAAUGGCAAAAACCAACGUGACAACCGUGACUACAAUCGAGAGUUCAAUCGUGAUGGCAAUCGGGGUGGCAACAAUCGUGGCACUUAUCGUGGCAAUAAUCGUGACAACAACUAUCGCGGCAAUCGCGACAAUCGCGACAAUCGGGACAACUAUCGAGAGGACAGGAACCAUCGCAACUUCGGACGUGAUCGCAAUUGGGAUAAUCACAAUCGCAAUCGCAACAACCAGCGGCCGGUGCCCACAGAUCCACCGUUCAGCGCCUAUGUGGGCAAUCUGCCCCAGGGCCUUGUCCAGGGCGAUGUGAUGAAGAUAUUCUCGGACUUUGAGGUGAAGAGCGUGCGGCUGAUCAAUGACCGUGAGACGGACGAGUUCAAGGGCUAUGGCUACGUGGAGUUCGAGACGCUGGAGCAGCUGGAGCGCGCCCUCGCGUGCAAUGGGCGCAUCAAGCUGGACAACUUAUCGGCUCCGCUGCGCAUCGACAUUGCCGAUAAUCGCCGCCAGGUGGGUGAGGGAGGAGGAGGAGGUGCUGCAGGCGGUGGUGGACGAGGCGGAGGAGGUGGCUAUCAGCAGUCCUCGGGCAGCCGCAACUAUUACCAGAGACGCAACUAUCGGCGCGACGACAGCGUCGGCUCGCAUCAGAUUCCGCCCAGUCCGGACACCGACAGCCUGCGCGGCUCCCCCGGGCAGUCCUUCUCCAACAGCAGCCCCACCAGCAGCACCGUAACCCUGCGAGGUGGCCCACAGUCUCCCCGAGACAACAUUAACAGCAAUCGCUCCGGAAAUCGCUACCAGAGCCACGACAAUGCCCAGCGCAAUCGCAACCACAGCACGGGCUACCUCGAUAGCCUGCAAUCCUCGGAGAGCAUCCAAUCGCGCAAUCGCAACUUCAAUCGUUACAACAACAACGGCAGAGGAGGCGGUGGCGGCGGUGGACGCUCGCCGGAUCGUCAGCGUUUCAACAGCAGCAACGGCAAUGACAACGGCAACUACACACAUUUUACACAGAAUCGCAAUCGGGAUCGUCGUGGCCACUACAAUCCGAAUGGUGGAGGCGGUGGCAAUGGCACUGGCAAUGGCAGCCUUCGUGGCACCAGUCCGGGCUCCACUUCCCUUCGCUCCCUCAUGGACGACGACGAUCGCCCGAAGCUGCAGCUGAAGCCGCGCACUGUGACGGACCCCCUCAAUGCGCUGGCCAACACCGAGCAGGCCUCGAAGAUCUUUGGCAAGGCCAAGCCACGUGCUGAGCAAACCACGCCCACAACCACGCCACGCUCGGAGCAACAGGGCGGCAACAACAGCGACUAAACGGACACCAAAAGGCACUCCAAAAAGAACAGAAAAAACCAAAAAAGAUUCCAGCGAAUACCAACAAAAUCAGCAGCAGAAACAGGCAACAAGAUCUCUCCCUCCUCUAAACGUUUGUGUCGAAAUGAAAUUGUAUUUAAUUAAAUCU